AUGUACUUUUAUCACAUUUUCCUGAUUCAAUUCUUUCAUCGACUCGAAGCUAUUGUUACAAUUUGUCCCUCUACCGUUUUCACAACACAACAAAUCCUCACUGGCAUCACCACUUUAUCAACGAGAAUACCAAGCACGAGUGUAACAUUCCCGACCACAGUCAUCACCACACCCACAACAACCUUGUUGACCACAACGAGUUUAUCUGCUUGCGCCUUUUGCGACCAAGCCGAUAUCACGAUUGAUCUCAACACCUCGGGAUUUGCUGUGCCGUUUUCCAAUGAUUCAACAAUGUUGGUGAAUGGGUGUUUGGUGAGAACGUUCACGUGUUCAUCAGUGUCACAAAAUGGGGUGGUGAUCAUUUCGGUAAAUGGUGCACAACCGCAAGACUCGGAUGUGGUCGAUGGAAUUGGAUCGAUAUCGAUUCAAUUGACAUGCGAUGAGGAUUCACAAUGGGAAUAUCUCGCCGAUCCAAACGUUCCGACAUCGAUGUUUGUGGUGACGACGGUGAUGUGUGAAGAUUUACAA